UCCUGCUCACUUGGCCUCCUGUUUCUCCUUCCAUCCACUAGGCAGUACCAGAUGCUCCACACCGGGCAGAGGCCGCCUAGCAAACUCCCUUAGGAGUGCCGUCCAGGCCUGAUUGGAAAGCUGGAGAAGAGGCCCCGUGAUUGAUGAGUUUGCCUUGGGCGUUGGUGACCAGGUGAAACGGGAGGCCGACAUGGGUCAGAAGGUCACUGGAGGUAUCAAGACGGUGGACAUGAGGGACCCCACGUACCGGCCCUUGAAGCAGGAGCUCCAGGGUCUGGACUACUGCAAGCCCACCCGCCUGGACCUGCUGCUGGACAUGCCCCCCGUGUCCUACGACGUCCAGCUGCUCCACUCCUGGAACAACAAUGACCGCUCGCUCAACGUCUUUGUGAAGGAGGACGACAAGUUGAUCUUUCACCGGCAUCCGGUGGCCCAGAGCACAGACGCCAUCAGGGGCAAAGUCGGGUACACGCGCGGGCUGCACGUGUGGCAGAUCACGUGGGCCAUGAGGCAGCGCGGCACCCAUGCCGUGGUGGGGGUGGCGACGGCAGACGCUCCCCUGCACUCCGUGGGGUACACGACACUCGUGGGGAAUAACCACGAGUCCUGGGGCUGGGACUUGGGGCGCAACCGGCUCUACCAUGAUGGCAAAAACCAGCCGAGCAAAACAUACCCAGCCUUUCUGGAGCCGGACGAGACGUUCAUUGUCCCUGACUCCUUCCUAGUGGCCCUGGAUAUGGACGACGGGACCCUGAGCUUCAUUGUGGAUGGACAGUACAUGGGAGUAGCUUUUCGGGGACUCAAGGGCAAAAAACUUUAUCCCGUAGUGAGUGCCGUCUGGGGCCACUGUGAGAUCCGCAUGCGCUACUUGAAUGGACUUGACCCGGAGCCCCUGCCGCUCAUGGAUCUCUGCCGCCGCUCGGUGCGCCUGGCCCUGGGGAAGGAGCGCCUGGGUGAGAUCCACGCGCUGCCACUGCCCACCUCCCUCAAGGCCUACCUCCACUACCAGUGA